AUGAUGUUCCAACUGAAGCACAGGGAGAUGGCAAUGCUGAACCCAGUCAUGGACGUUCUCCUCGUGCACGUCAAGGUGGUUGGUAUGGUGGGCGGAAUGGCGGCGGACGGGAUGAUGCAGUGGAAACACCGGGAGACAGCAAUGCAGCAUACGAUCAUGGUCGUUUUCCUCGUGCACCUCAAAGUGGAUGGUAUGGUGGGUGGAAUGAUGGUGGAUGGAAUGGUCCAGUGGAGCCUGUUCGUGAUCCUGCACAACCUUGGCAAGGGGGAGAUCAAUGGCAUCAAGAUGAUUGGCACAAUCCAUGGGCUCAUGACCAACAAGACUCUACGUGGUGGGGAGGAAACGGAAUGGACUGGCGUCGUCCUGGUUCGGGGCGUUCAACUGGAUGGGACGAGUGGCGAUGGGGUGAUGAAAGUGAUGAACGUGGACGAGGAAGCUGGGAUAGAGAGUUCGCACGUUUUCCUCAUGGAGACCCACAAGCCUCUGGCGGAAGAAGUUCAUCGCAUACUCCCCAUCGGGCGCCUUCGGCGAGGUCGGGUUCUACUUCGAGGACGAGGAAUCCACAAGGGGAUGUUUCUCGGGAUGCUCCGGCGUCAAGUUCCACUGAUCCUAUGCCUUCAUCGCAGCCUGCUUCAAGCUCCUCCACACCCCACCACAAUAGUCGGCACCGUCAAUAUCCACAAGGGUUCUGGAGGUAUGGGGUGUGGCACAGCAGAAGCCGCACUGAGUCGGAAGAACGUGAUCACCGUGGUGGACAAGGACCAGUACGACAACAGAGGAGGCAGGGGCGUUUAG